CCUCAACAUCAUUCAGGUGUUAUGCAAAUGCUACAGACUGGUAGAGUUAAAGUCACGUGUCGCGUCUGACUAUAAGUGACGAGAUCUUCGUAAUCAGCACAUGACUACAGGUUUCCUCACGAGGGAACAUGUCACUUCCAAUACGACCCACAUGCAUUCUUUUGAUUUGUGUAAUAACCCUCCUCACGGGGGGACCUGGAUGCUCAGCGCGCUACGAAGACAACUGGAAAAGCCUGGAUGCCAGACCCCUCCCCGAGUGGUAUGAUGAGGCAAAGAUCGGGAUUUUCGUCCACUGGGGGGUUUUCUCAGUCCCUGGCUUCGGGCGGUUUAGUGAGUGGUUCUGGUGCUGGUGGCGGCAAAACCGCACAGAAGAAGUUGAGUUCAUGAAGAAAAACUACCCGCCGGGCUUUAAAUACGCGGAUUUUGCUCCCCAGUUUCACGCAGAAUUCUUCAAUCCGGAUAACUGGGCAGAUAUAUUCAAAGCCUCUGGAGCCAGGUAUGUUGUAUUCACAUCCAAACACCAUGAAGGAUUCACAAACUGGCCCUCACCAGUCUCUUGGAACUGGAACUCAAUGGAUGUAGGUCCUCACCGGGACCUGGUGGGAGAACUGUCUGCAGCUAUCAGGAAGAGGUCACUGCGCUUGGGUAUCUACCACUCUCUAUUUGAAUGGUUCCAUCCCCUUUUCUUGUCAGAUGAAGCAUCCGGAUUCAAGACCCAGGAAUUUGUUGCCCGUAAGGCUCUUCCAGAGCUAGUGGACCUUGUGAAGUCAUACAAACCUGAUCUGAUCUGGUCUGAUGGGGACUGGAAAGCACCAGAUACCUACUGGAACUCCACCCAGUUCCUGGCCUGGCUCUACAAUGACAGCCCUGUCAAGGAUGUGGUGGUCACCAAUGACAGGUGGGGUAAAGGCUGCUACUGCAAACAUGGAGGCUACUACAACUGUGCUGACAGGUACACGCCCGGUAAACUUCCAACCCACAAGUGGGAGAAAUGCCAGGCCGUCGACUCCCUUUCCUGGGGCUACCGAAGAAACAUGAAGCUGAGCCAAGUCAUGACCCUACCGUCCAUCAUAAAGGACAUGGUGUACGUUGUGGCAUUGGGUGGUAACUACCUGCUGAACAUUGGUCCGAUGUCCGAUGGCAUGAUUGCCCCGGUGUUUGAGGAGAGGCUGAGGGGACUUGGUGCCUGGUUGAAGAUCAAUGGGGAGGCCAUCUAUGCUUCGAAACCAUGGAGGGUCCAGACGGAGAACAGCACUGUCACUGUCUGGUACACGGCCAAAAACAAUACCGUUUAUGCCAUUUUCUUUGGCUGGCCGCCAAAACAACCACUUCAGCUCACAACACCGAGGACCUCUGGAACCACACAAGUUACACUCAUGGACUAUCCUAAUGUACCACUGAAGUGGGCACCAACGACCCCAACAUCUGGACUGAUGAUUCUAAUGCCUCCUAUGCCAGAAUCUCCUGCAAAUGCCUGGUGUCUGAAACUGGAGGGAGUAGUCUAACUUCGGUAAAAGAAGUUUGUGCGUGCAAUUCUAAAUUAGGUGAUCAACGGGGAUUUUUUACUUUGUAUUUAAGAUGCACAGCAGUAGUAAAAGAAAACCCAACAUUGUAUGUUCAAUCACUAUGUAAUGAGCCAUCGUCCACAGAGGAUUACUUUAAACAUGGUUUCUGCUAGACAACAGUUUUUUAAAUGAGAUGUUUUGCUCCAGUGAUUUGUCUGGCAGCAAUUGGUUUUAAAAUGUUUUAAUCAGGAAGUUUUGUCUUAAAUUUCUCUUUCUUUAUUUGCACAGUUGCUCAAAUCCAAAUGUGUCUGUAUAUGCUGCACUUAAAGCUUGCAUGUUUUGUUUUGUCCAAAAGGAUUGCAGAUCACAGACACAAUGUGCUCUGUGGUUUUAAUGGGGCCAUUGUAGGUUUUGGUGAAAUAAAUGUGCUGUGUGAUUGUUGACUUAUUUCCUUUUUCAUUAAAAUUGCUUUUCUAAAUUUAAA